AUGUUUUCUCUUGUGAUUUUCGACUUCGACGGGACCCUCUUCGACACCCACGAGUCCAUCGUCCACUCCAUCCAGCUCACUUUCAAAGCCCUCUCCCAGACAGUCCCACCAUCCGCCUCUAUCCUGCGCUACAUAUCCGCCGGUACCGGCCUCAGCGAUACCUUUCGCGCACUACACCCUGACCUCACACCAGAAGAAGAAGCUAAAUGGGAGGCCGAGUACCGCGCCAAUUACGCCGAGCACGGUCAGCCACUGAUCCGCGCGUUCCCUGGCGCCCGUGAGCUCCUCUCGCACCUGCGCGAGGCCAAGAUCCCCAUUGCCAUUGUCAGCAACAAGGGCGCAGCGGCUAUUACGACGGCACUGCAAAAUAACGGGCUCAGCGAGUUCUUCCCAGCCGACUUGAUUGUUGGCGAUAAGACGCCUGGAGCGACGAGAAAGCCGGAUCUGGCGAGCUACGACAAGGUCCUUGUGCCAGCACUCAAGGAACAGUAUGGCAUUACUGAGUUAUCUCCUGCUUCGGUGCUCGAGGUAGGCGAUACGAUUCCGGAUAUUCAGUUUGCGAAGAAUAUUGGCGGAAAGUCGUGCUGGUGCCGCUUUGGAUAUGGUGAUAAGGUGGAGUGUGAGAAGCUCCAGCCGGAUUACAUCGUUGAUUCGCUGUUAGAAGUGAUACCCUUGGUCUCGGGGCCAUAA